GUUAUAUGCCACCUCAGGUCCCAAUGCUCAUGCCAGUCCCAGAAAGACCGCUGGGCUGUCCACCAGGUUUAGAGUACCUGACCCAGGUUGACCAGCUUCUAGUUCAUCAGAAAGUGGAAUUAAUGGAAGUUCUCAUGGGAUGGGAGACCAAUAAUCAAUAUGUGGUGAAAAAUAGUUUAGGACAGCAGGUGUUUUUUGCUGCUGAGGAGAGCGAUUUUUGUACUCGCAUGGUCUGUGGACCAGUGCGCUCCUUCCUGCUUCAUAUCCAGGAUAACAUGGGACAGGAAGUGAUGACUUUAUCCCGCCCCCUUAAAUGCGGUAGUUGUUGCUUUCCAUGCUGUCUGCAAGAGCUGGAGGUUCAGAGCCCCCCAGGCAACCCUAUUGGUUAUGUAAUACAAAGCUGGCAUCCUUUCUUGCCGAAAUUCACCAUCCAGAAUGAGAGAAAAGAACCUGUUCUGAAGAUUGUGGGGCCGUUCUGUGACUGCAAAUGUUGUUCUGAUGUUAAUUUUGAGGUGAUGUCACUGGAUGAGUCCUCAGUGAUUGGUCGAAUUAGUAAACAGUGGACAGGAUUUGAAGCAGAAGCAUUAACUGAUGCAGACAACUUUGGUUUACAAUUUCCAAUGGAUUUGGAUGUGAAAAUAAAAGCAGUUAUAUUAGGAGCCUGCUUUCUUAUGGAUUUCAUGUAUUUUGAGCACACUCAAAAACAAGAGUGAAACCAUCCUGGAGCAUUGUUCCACAUUUGAUUCAAUUAUGUUUUUUUUUUUUUUAAAUACAGAUGCUGUACAAUUUUCUCUUUAAACUUCUAAGUAUCAUAACUAAAGAUUGAGUGGGUCAU